AUGAAACGCUUCUUCUCUCGAAAGAAAUUGAGAAAAUCGAAGAGCGAUUUUACGGGUGAAAAGACGGAAACAGAACGACACGAACAUGAGAAUGGAGCAGCAGGUGGAACACCAGUACCAACGGAACCAAUUCCUAUUCCACAAUCCAAGUCAACGAAUAUAGUAAAUAAUGUACACUCUCACUCUUAUGGAGACGAUUACGAUGCGGUGUGCUCUUCAAUUGGAGAGGAAUCACGGAAAAAUUUCGAUGCCCAGUUGGAUAAGCACAUGAUGCAGACGAUCACAGACGUCAAAUACAUGAUCAAACACAGUAAAUACACUGCCCUUAGUGAAGUGAACUUUCAAAGAGCUUGUCUAGAUGCUCACAACGAGUGUCGGCAGAGGUACGGUAACGAGAACCUUUGUUGGUCAACUGAGCUGGCUGAGAUGGCACAUGCAUGGGCGGUUAAGUUAGCUGAUAGGGGAAGAAUACUGUAUCCGGAACUGCCAGGAAUCGGAGAGAAUUUGAUUCUCAAAGAGGCGAAUGAGCAAUCACAUCUUCCAACUGGGCAGGAGGUGAUUCAGGAAUGGGAGAAAGAAGCACAAUUCUUUGAUUUUGAUAAGCCAAGAUGGAAUCCAAAAUGUCAACGAUUCUCUCAAGUUGUCUGGAAGGACACAACAGAACUUGGAGCUGCUCGAUACUGGAACACCGCCAACAACUGUGUAGCUGUCGUUUGCUUUUAUAGGCCAGCUGGAAACUCAAAUGCUCCUGGAGAAUUUGCUUCGAAUGUUCCAUCAAGAGACUGUUCAAUGUCGCCGAUUAGGAAUUUAGGUACUCAGUUGAAGCGCCACGUCACGAUCUCAACACCAGAACGAGCUGUAGUCUCUAAGUAG